AUGGAGUCGGAGUAUUAUACGUUCGGACCAUACAAAAUUGGUCACAAGGAAGUCUUCUACUUCAACGACCUUUCCUAUGCCAUGGUCAACCUCCGCCCUGUUGUUCCUGCGCAAAAAGUUGGUGGUCGACUUGAGUCGCUCCACAAGGCAUCUUCCCUCACAUUUGCAAUCCAAGACGGGCCUCAGGCAGGACAGACAGUUCCUCAUGUUCAUAUCCACAUACUCCCACGCAAAAGUGGUGACUUUGAGAAAAAUGAUGAAAUUUAUGAUGCU